AUGGCCUCCGGUAGCACCUGCUUCAACUCGAAGGACAACACCGUCUCCGCCCCACAAACCACCUCCUGGGCGGACUGGGUGAAGGAUAAUUUCCCCCUCGACGACGAGGAUGACGAAAGCGAUAGAGAAGACCUUGGUCUAUAUCUCUGCCCGAAGAAAUCGCCAAGCACCGAGCAGGCGCGGAACCGGAGUCUCGACACGCCCCACCCCGACCAUUGCGCCGAUGCAGACGAGGCGACAGCAAGCCCUCCGAAUUCGCCAAGCACAGAGCAAGGCGAAGAGGAAGAAAACGGGGAGGAGACGGGCAAGUACUCGAUAUUUGGGGGUUUGACGCCUAGAGACCCGCAGUCGAUGGACGACAGCGAGCUCGCCUCCCCCAUGGGGGAAGCGAACAUCGAAGACUCGAGCGAGUUCGUCAAUGACGACGACGAUGACGAGUCCACCCCAAAGGCGUCGUCCACUGCACGCCUCACACAGCACCUGCCCAACGGGGCAAAGCCGGUUCCUCAUAUCGCCGCGUCGAGCCUGGACGUGGCCAGCUAUCUGUCGGUUAGCAAGGGCGACUGCCCAACCGACCCGUGCCGCUUCGCCUUCUCGAGGCUGGACCGCAGCACAUACUUUAAGAUGCCAAAAGUCGUCUUCUACCGUUGCAACGACGGCGACGACAAGGAUGAAAACAGCGAGACAGACUCGGCAGAGAAUUUAUCCGGCGUUCACUAUUACUCUAGCUCCGUCGACCCUGCCACCGCCGAGAAGCUGGCACGAAAAUCAGCCCAACACACACUGGAAGGUGUGCGUCGCGGCGGCCAGCGCGGGCGCUUGCCGUACCUGUUAUGCCAGUAUAGCAACUCAGUCGAAGCCGAGGAGUUGGAACAGGAGCUAAAGAAUCAUCUCCUAGCAGUGGAGGGUGACUACCGCGAGGAUUGGGUGUGA